AUGAGUUCCACUAACGAUGAGAAUGAUGAGGUGAUUGAGAAAAAGAGCUCGACCGUGAGCCCCGCUGAUAAGUAUUUCAUAGAGCAACGGGACUUAAUAAUACAGGAUAUCAACAACACAAUGGAUUCCAUUCUAAAUAGUUUGAAUACGCUGAAUAUCUCUUUGGAAAAUUCCAUUGCCGUGGGAAAGGAAUUUGAAAGCGUAUCCGAUCUGUGGAAGACAUUCUAUGACGGCCUGAACCGCGAUCUGGAAGAGCCCAUCGGCUCCCAGGAGAGCAAUAAGGACAAGACCUUGCCGCAAGAAUAA